AUUUACUUAAAUCGUACUAAAUAAUCUGGUGGUGGGUCAAUAUUAUAUAUUUUCAUUUAACCAUCAUGACAUAACAUGAACCCCUGAUCACAAGUCCAAUUACAACAAACUUUAACUUUAAUCUCGUCACGUUUACUUUUAUGUAAUUUUGACAUUUGUCUUUAUCAGCGUUAAAGUGACACAAAAAUGUUGCGAUGAAUCAUGAUUCAUGAAUCAGUCAAGAUGUGAAUUGUGAAUGCAUUUAAGUGACAUUUCAGAUUCUCCUUAAAAACCAAGCUCUCCAUCGUACCAAAGUCUCAGUCGGAUAUUAGCAAAUCGGGUCGUAUGUACAAGUGAAUAGUUAACUUAAUUAAGAGUAUAGUUAAUUAAGUGGAAUAAUUAAACAUGAAGCCGAUAUACCAAUUUCUAGUCACUUUUUGUGCUCUUUUCGUCUCAAUUGAUUCCGCGAUACCGAUGUAUUCGCGAAUAAAUGGCAAAAUCCAUUGUAACCAAAAAUAUAAAGGGAAAGUUCACAACAACAAGGAAAAUAAUUUGGUUGUGCCUUUUGGAGAGAAGGGGAUAUCGUCUUAUCGAGAUGAUGCCGACUUAUCGGUGCCCGACCUCAUCACAAAAAACGGAUACCCGGUCGAAAUUCACCACGUGGUUACAAAAGACGGCUACAUUUUAGAACUUCACCGAAUUCCACAUGGACGCUCGGGCGACCCGGGUGGUAAAAAACCCGUCGUAUUUUUGCAACAUGGAUUUCUCGCGUCUUCCGCGGACUGGAUUAUGAACACGCCAGAGAAAUCUCUUGCUUAUCAACUCGCCGAUAAAAAUUAUGACGUUUUCCUCGGAAAUGCGAGAGGCAACACGUAUUCUAGAAAUCAUACCACGUUGAGUCCGAAAGAUGUCAGAUUUUGGAAUUUUAGUUAUCAUGAAAUGGCCAUCUACGACGUUCCCGCAGUGAUUGAUCACAUUUUGACCACAACUGGAGAGCAGAAGCUGUUCUAUAUUGGCCACUCCAUGGGCACCGUCAUGUUUUGGGUCACAAUGUCCCACUUUCCCGAGUACAAUGCCAAAAUUCGACUCAUGAGUGCGCUCGCCCCUGUCGCAUACGUUACCCAUAUUAAAAGCCCGAUCCGACUUUUGGCCCCUUUCGCCACGGAGGCAGAGCUCGUCCUCAAAUUUUUUGGCGACCAUGAAUUCCUCCCGCAUCGCGGAUUCAUCAACAUUUUUAGAAAAAUCGUGUGCCAACGGGAACCCGUGGGGGAAGCCAUAUGUGAAAAUGUUGUCUUUCUUAUCGCCGGAUUUGAUAAGGCGGAACUCAAUGAGACCAUGCUUCCCGUAAUUUUGGGUCACACCCCCGCCGGAGCUUCUACCCACACUUUGAUCCACUUUGCUCAAGGCAUCAAUUCCGCACAAUUCCGACCUUUCGAUUACGGGAAGGAGGAGAAUCUAAAGCGCUACGGACAAGAGGAACCUCCCCCUUACGAACUGGCCAAAGUUUCCGCACCCAUCGCCCUCUUCUGGGCGGACAAUGACUGGUUGGCGGCUAAAAUUGACGUGGCCGCCCUGGCGUCCCAGUUGCAAAAUGUGGUCCUCAAUUAUCAAGUUCCCUUCAAAAAAUUCACCCAUCUCGACUUCAUUUUCGCCAUUGACAGCGACAAGUACGUGUACAACAACGUGUUGGAAACGAUGGAGAAAUACUAGCGGAAUUCAUUUAGUCUGUCGUGAUUUAAAAAAAUUAAAUGCUUAUCGCUCUCUCAUAAUUUUUAUGUAUUAUUAUAACCGUUUCUUUUAAAUAAUUAAAAAAAAUCGUAUAAAAUUAAUGUAAAAA